CUGGAGGGCGGCUACGAGAACGUGCCGACGCGAGACAUCCACAUGAACCAGGUCGGGCUGGAGCGACAGUGGCUGUACAUGCUGCAGCUGUACGCGCAGCCCAUCCAGCAGAAGCUCUACCUCGGAUACUUCCACGACCACGACUCGUCCACCUAUACAAUCAACCUCGCUCUCAACCAGGCUGGAGAAGAUUACACGGGUGGCGGUGUCAAUUUCAUUCGCUACAACUGCAGCAUCGUUGAGACGAAGCGCGGCUGGGCGUUCAUCCACCCGGGCAAGCUAACGCACUACCACGAGGGCCUGCUCAUCGGCGAUGGCAUCCGCUACAUCAUGGUCUCCUUCGUCGACCCCUAAGGGGCGCAGUAUGCGCGCGCACGUACCAAUUAUGGCCUUAGUUGCGGCGGGAGCGCGUGUGAGCCGCGUGCCCCGAAAUAAUGAUCACGUUCACUUGUUUAGCUGGCGAUUCGCGCGCCGCGGCGCACCGAGUUUCGACCGCGGCGGUAGUCGAGUAGCGUUUCUAUUUGAAGUCGCGGUAGGGGUUUUGUUUUUAUAUCCCGUGUGAGGGCGUCUGUCUUCCUGUUAUUGUAACUGGUUAUAGGGGUGCGGAUCGUGUAAGCACGGACAUAUCUAUGCUAUAUAAGGGCGUGGAUAUGUUCAUGGUAUAUAUAUAUAUACUAUAUAUGGCCUAGUUUUCAUACGUUUAUAUAAUAAGCUGUUUAUUGCAUUUUCAAUCCAUUGUGCUGUUGUCAAAUCUCGCUUUAAUUACUCCAUACUCAUCCAACAAGUCAAUAUAAUUAACAGUUCAUACCGCAUUGAGUCUCGCUUUCCUCCCGCUUUCCUCCCUACAGAUAGUAUUAAAGAUGUGCUGCUAUCAUCAGUGUCAUAGCGGGGCUGCGCACCUAAAGCUGGGUUUACACUACCAACUUUGUGUUGGCGAAUUGGCGAAGUGGACUAACUUCGCAAUUAUGCAACCGACAAUCGGCAGUGUAAACGCAAAAGUUGCGCGACCAACCGAUCGAUAGCAACUAGUUGGGCGAUUAGAACAUGUUCUAUUUUCGCCAGCUCGGUGUUGGCGAAUUGGAAAGUUGGUCCAACUCGGCAAUUCACCAACAUAAAGUUAGUAGUGUAAACCCAGCUUAAGCCUGUUAGACGUCUAUACUGCUCUCCUCAGCACCCGUAGCAACCUUCCCAGCUUUCCUCACCAUCCCCCUCCUCCAUCUUCCCAUUUAGAGGUUCAGAGAAGAGUCCAGCAAAAAUGUCCGCCCUUUGAGAUUUUUGUUUGCACCGGUAUUUUGCUCCCCGUUGUUUGAAAUUGUCGUCCUGUACAUUGUUGUACUUACCAUGCGUUUGAUAUAUCAGAAUCUCGUUUGCUAGUUUUGGCAAGUCCUUUUUAUACGCGUUUAUAUCUGUUUCUGUUGAGACUGUAUGUUGUGCCGAAUCAAGAAUCAUGUAGUCGAAUGGUUUAUCGUGACGUUAUUUAAGAAAAUAAAGAGUUGGUGGGAGGGUGGGGGAGGGGAUCCUUGCCUCAGUUAUGAUGCGUUAUCUUUAGAGUAAAUGUACUUUGUCUGCGUUAUUGGAUGACGUUGAUCCAUUGAAUCUGUGGAAAAUCUCUCCUAGAUCUUAAUCUUAUUGACCUUUCAAUCUGAGCAAGAGAACCGUACCCCAUUGAAUAUUGUUGAUUGGUCAAGUUAGACCAUAUAUAUAUAUAUGUGUUUUUUGCACAUAUACGCCAAAUGAUUGAAUUUACUACUUCACUUCGUUACUAAGCACCGUUAUUUAAAUGCCACGCAAACACUGCUGAUUGGCUACAGCUACCUGACAAUCGUUCUAGACAGGACAGGUCGAUUUGACGUCGACCGUUGCAAUGCUGCUGUGAUCGCAGUUUGCGCUACGAUGGUGAUUGUCAGUCAUGCUCAGAGCUUGAGUCGAGUCACGGUCGAGGCGUCGCACAUCCUCUCACUGUUAUGUUACGACAAUGCGCUACCUGAGUAGAGCUGUUGUUAUCUGUCUUCCCGGACCCGAAGUCCUAGUCAUGCAAUGACACAUCAUGUAACAGCCGCGGGGCGCGGAGCGGCUCAAGAUGGCGACCCGCUCGCGUAUGUCGGUCGUCAUGGCGACUUAUCUUGCCGAAUCUAUCUUUUUUUGUACGAUUUUCAUAGAAAAGUCUUUGGGUGAUGAGUGGAUACACUCUGGCGAAAGGAUGUUCGAGGUUGUGAAAUCCGUGUACCGUAUGUAAUCAUGCCUACAUGUAUACUACAUAUGCUACUAGUGUUGCCGCGAACAUGUCUACGCUUGCUAGACGGUGCGACGGUGAUCAACAGUGUUUGUGCUAUAUGAAUGGAGCAUGAAUUCGUAAUUAUUAAGUGAAAGAUGAUCUGCACAUUGGCGGCACCUGGUGGCGGGCGUUUGCGAGUUCAGUUUCAGCAAACCCAGCUGAGAACAAUAUAUACAUUGUUAUACAUUACAUGUAUAAUAUUAUGUGCAUAAUAUUGUUCUCAGAAACCCUGGAGCCCUUGCAUGUUCACAGAUGUUUACUACUACUACAUGUACUAGUAUCUAUUUUAUAUACUAGUAUAAAAUAUAUAUAUUAGUAUACCGAUGUUUGUGAUGGUAUUGUGCACAUCGUUAUUAAGUAAUAUAACAACUGGAUGUGUUACGACGCAUUUUAAUUCGCGGCUAACUACUUUCGACCCGAAGAUAUUACUUUAGCAAUAUAGCAAUAAUUAUAAUAAUUAUAAUAAUAAUAAUAAUAACAAUAAUAAUAGCAAAUUAGUGGCGAGUCUAUAUAUUUACAUGGAAUUACAAUCGUGUAUGGAGUAAGGCGUAGAUAUCGAAUCAGCAUUAAAUGUUCGCAUGGUUAUUGGGAAUAUGUAAAGAGAUCGAUGACACUGAGGAGGGCGAUAUUAUGAAUGACCACCGAAUAAUAGCUAUUUAUAAAUGUUGCAGAAUCUCUAUUGCAUGCUUAUCGACAACUAUAAAUAUAGUAUAUUCAGCCGAGGACUAUGAUGACAUGGUUUGGUGCUAUGUUUAAGUGAAAUUUUGUUAUUUUAAUAAAUAACGCUUGCUUCAUAACAGCUA